UCCAAUCAAAAUGCGAUGCAAGUCGAGAUGAAUGCACGUAGAGAGAAAAUAAUCAUACAAAAUCAAAUGAUUAUAAACUCGCAACAACAACAACAACAGCAGCAGCCGUCGCAUGCUGGCAAAAAGUUUAAGAAGCACACGCAACAGUCCGCAUUAUUUUCCACCACGGCCGCAAUGUCGAACAACAAUAGCAACAACAAUAACAAUAUGGGCAACAGUGGCAACGUUAGCAAUAGCAACAACAACAACAAUAGCAACAAUAACCGCAAUUCAACCGAAAUUUCCCAUUUAUUUGCACACUCCCCCACGGCAGCCACAUACGUCCAAGCGCAACUUAACGGCAUCAAUUUCACAGCUGAUAAUCAAACCGUUACAGCCAACGUCGCCGCCAAUAUGAACGCCUCCGCUAAUAAUGGCAACAUUAACGCGAACAUCAACACCAUUUCCACACCCAACAUCAAUGCGAACGCCACCAUCACAACGAAUGCGGCACAACAGCCGACCAGCGGCAAUGCCGGUGUACCGGUCGUCACCUACAAUGGCAAUCAAUAUUGUGUAAUAACGCGCAAUGAUGCGGGCGCCGCCGAGAAAUCGGAAUUGCUGCAAAUUCAUGGCCAAUUCACCACCGACAAGGAGGGUAAGACGAAUAUAAUUCUAAUGUCGCCGGUUUCGGUGCCGAUGCAAAUGCAGAUGCACGUGCCGAUGCAAGUGGAAGUGCAAAAUCCAAAUUGAAUUGAAUUUUUCGCGCGGCAAGCGGAGUCCGGCGCUUAGAGGCUUGCAAUGAAAUGGGUUUACCAGGAAUGGUUCGAGCGUAUUUGUCGGCGGUAAUUGUCGGAAGCCAGUAGGCAGUGGUUAAACAGGUAGGCGCGCCGUCGGCAUGCAGGAAGGUAUAGCGGUUGCAUUAGACGAGAUAUCGAAAUCAACAAAUCAAAUGGUUUUCCAAAUUUACACUUUUUAGUUUAAGUUCAAGAUAUCAAAUAAGAGCGGAAACUAUGUAAUACAAAAGAGUGUUUGAUAUAAACUAGUUCAUGUUAUACCCAACGCACUUGUAAACUGCAGUCGUAAAAGAAAGUUUUUCGAAAUGAGGCAUUUAGAGUAUAUUUUGAAGGCUUUUGAUACAAAGAAAGAACAUUAUUUUUCAGGAACUUUAAAAUAUUGAGAUUCACAAGACCUUCCACUUUCUGCAUGGUUUACGAAAAAAUUGUUAGGGCCACAAUGAGACUCUUCAAUUUAUUGCGAUCUUUUGCCUCCCCUCUUUAUUAGACUCCAACUGAUUUGGACCUUAGACAUAUCGAUGUACAAUUAUCUUCUUCAGGUUAGAUGAUUUUGGGCUCUCAAAACAUAACCGGUAUGCAUAAGUCCGUGUCAGAGACGGUGACGAACCCGAAAAUGCGGCAAAACUGGUCAGAAAAUGCAUCACUGAAGUCCUUUAAAAGGUGUGAGUUAUCAAUAAUUACCAUUAACCAUUCAAGCAUAUGUUAUUCGGACCUAUUUUAAUAAUGAGAAUUGGUUAUCAUUACUUAACAUGGAUCAUUCAAGCAUAUUAUGACUUCCGUACGGAUUGGUUAAAAUCUUAAACCCUCUUCUUUAUGGUUAUUCUUUCCUGCACUACGGAAAAGAACAUUAAUCUACAACGUAGACAAAACGUUUGUAGUACCAAGAAGUGAGAAUUGAACAGUUUACAAUUAAUCAUAGAGAUGAAAAUUUUAGUAGUUGCAGAGUAGGUUAGAUUGAAAGGUCGAGCCAAAAAAGAAAAACGGAUCUUCCUUGGACGGCGGAGAACGCCGGUCCAUUUGAUGCUACUAGCUUCUAAAUAUUGAUCAAAUAAAACUCUUAAAAAUCGACAAAGCACUCAGAGUCUAUCGAGAUGUUUCAACCUCAGUUUUGCGAAAGCUGGACAGUGGAGAUGAAAUAGCCUUCAUGUUUCCACCUCGGUUUCCUCCAUUUCACUGUGACAGCCUCCGACAAAAUUUUCAGCCGUACUGCAUGUACACCUACUGAGCAAUGAACAGCAAGAACUCAAACGAUUGGUUCAAAAUUAACCUUACUGUGGGCAAGUGGUUCGGUGGAUCUCUUUCGCUUCGUGUUAGGCUAAACUCAUGUGAUGUUCAAUCAAUCCGUCCCUAUCCGAUGUAAUUGGGACAUGUGUGGCUUCUUUUGCGAGCUCAUCGACUUUGCAGUUUCCAGCUAUUCUCCUACGAUUAGGUACUAGAAGUUGCAGAAUUAUCAGAUAAAUACCCAAUGUAGAUUGCGUCAAUUUCGUUUAAAAAAGAGAUUUGCUACAAAAUACAUAAGUCUCUAAAAAAAUUCAAUCUCAAAACGUUAUAGCUCUAUUCAGAGGGUUUAGUGGCUGAAAGUUUAGAUAGACUGUAUAGCAUGUUCUUUCAAGAUAUGUUCGGCAUCCCAAUACAGGCUGUUUCUCAAAGUUGAAAGCAUUCUGUAUGAAACGUAGACUUUCCUUAUGCCUCGAAGUAAACAAUGGUAAGGGUACGGUUCCCAAAAGUUUAUCAAAUUUUCAAUUACUAGCAGUUUUCCUGGUUAACCUCUUUUGUCUGAUUAUUGUCGCUUUCGCUUGUUUUUAUGUAUAUAAUUGUUACAUGUUCUCUUCUGUAUUUAAAUUUCUCACACACAGUUUUUAGCUCACUAUGUUUACGCGCGUUGGGUAUAAAAAUGAUAUGCAUAUGAAUUUGAGCAGAAAUUGCCAUGUCAAUAAAAUGUCUUCGAGCUAAGAUAAUGAAAAAAGUUCAAAAUUUGUAUACACACUAUAAUUACGGUUCGAAAUUAACUCUGUUUGGUUUGCUACGGUAACGGUAAAAUUAUAAAUCUUAAAUCUAAGAGCUGUAAGCUUAAGUUUGAAACUGCAGUUUUAAGUUAAAAACUUAGAAACUUGCUUAUCACAGCGUUGGCUUACUACAAAAUCAAAAAAAAGUUGAAAAACGAUAAAAUCUCAAAAAUACCAACAAAAAUAAAAAGCAAACAUUUUAAAAAUUAACACCACAAAGUUGCAAUAGCUAACCCUCUUAAUAUAAAUUUUUAAGUAUUUACCGUUAAGCGUAAAAAAAUAUAUGUAUAACUAUAAAUUUUAAGAAAACCCAAAAUACUUUGAAAAAGUUUGUAAAUAAUAAAGUAAAUUAGAAAAAACAAGUGAUCGUCUCCAUGCAAAACAAAAAUCUAUAUAUAGUAAUAAAACACACCGAUAAAAUUAGAAAAGCGAAAAAUUGUCACGCAGAUCUACAUAUAUGCGUCAUGUACAUACAUAAGUGUAUGUAUGCACCCACAAAACUUUGCAUAAGCGCUUUUUAAAUUAAACUUAAAAGUGUAAUUUGUAAAUGAUUUUAUAGUAACGGGUAACAAAAAAAAAACUCCAAAAAAAUUAUGAACUUAUACUUUACCUUUAAAUAGCCGU